GCCAGCCUACUUUUUAAUAGCCUCGUCACGUGACGGGGAACAGUAGUAAGACAGGUGUCUUCGGUUCACUCUCCCAGUGAGGGGCUGGUCGGCUGCGCGCGAGGACGGAAGGGAGGGAAGGGAAAGGAAGGGAAGGCGGCUUUCUCUGCUCGCGCCGGCUCUCUGCUCGCUCGCUCUGGCGGUGGAUUGUAGUUUGCCCGCUCCCCUGCCGUCCUCCCAGAGCUGGAUGGCGUGGGACAUGUGCAACCAGGACUCUGUAUGGAGUGACAUCGAGUGUGCUGCCCUGGUUGGUGAAGACCAGCCUCUUUGCCCAGAUCUUCCAGAACUUGACCUCUCUGAGUUAGACGUGAAUGACUUGGAUGCUGACAGUUUUUUGGGUGGACUCAAAUGGUACAGUGACCAAUCAGAAAUAAUUUCCAAUCAGUACGCCAAUGAAUCAUCAAACAUCUUCGAGAAGAUAGAUGAAGAGAAUGAAGCAAACUUGCUAGCAGUUCUCACAGAGACUUUGGACAGUAUUCCUGUGGAUGAAGAUGGAUUGCCUUCAUUUGAUGCACUGACAGAUGGAGAUGUGACCAACGAAAAUGAUGCUAGCCCUUCACCAAUGCCUGACGGCACCCCUCCAGCGCAGGAGGCAGAAGAGCCGUCUCUACUUAAGAAGCUCUUGUUGGCACCAGCUAACAUCCAGCUAAAUUACAAUGAAUGCAGUGGCCUCAGCACGCACAACCAUGCAAAUGCCAAUCAUAGGAUCAGAACAAGCCCUGUGGUGGUUAAGACUGAGAAUUCAUGGAGCAAUAAGACGAAGAGCAUUUGUCAACCACAAAAACCACAAAGACGUCAAUGCUCGGAGCUUCUCAAGUAUCUGACCACCAACGAUGACCCUCCACAGACCAAACCAACAGAGAACAGGAACAGCAGCAGAGACAAAUGCACCUCUAAAAAGAAGGUGCUCUUGCAUUCUCAGAUGCAUCAUUUGCAAGCCAAACCAAUGAGUUUAUCGCUUCCUUUGACGCCCGAGUCACCAAAUGAUCCCAAGGGUUCCCCAUUUGAGAACAAGACUAUUGAACAAACUUUAAGUGUGGAACUCUCUGGAACUGCAGGCCUAACUCCGCCUACAACCCCUCCUCACAAAGCGAACCAAGACAACCCUUUUAGGACUUCACCAAAGCCAAAGUCGUCAUGCAAGUCUGUUAUGCCACCUUCCAAAAAACCCCGCUGCAAUGAGUCUUCCAGCUCUCAAAGACAUAACUUAGGUCGGAAGGGUCCAGAGCAGUCAGAGCUGUAUGCACAGCUUAGUAAGACGACCGUGCUGUCUGUUGGUCAUGAGGAGAGGAAGACAAAGCGGCCUGGUUUGCGGUUGUUUGGUGACCAUGACUACUGUCAGUCUGCUAAUUCAAAAACAGGAAUACACAUCAACCGAUCCCAGGAACCUCAGGAUUCCAGACAAGUAGAUUUAAAUGGCAGGUUGCCUGAGCAGUGGUGUCAUAUUUGUUCUUCUUUUGAACAACACAAUCAGUAUGACAAGAGAGAGACUUCACAGGCAAGCAAGCAGGAUUUGCAAUGCAACAACCGCAAACAGCUCCAAGACCAAGAAAUCCGGGCUGAACUCAACAAGCACUUUGGUCACCUUAGCCAAGCUGUUUUUGAGGAAGAGAUCACCAAGAUCAGUGAACUGAGGGACAACAGUAAUUCUACUGAUGAACAAUUCUCCAAACUACCUAUGUUUAUAAAUUCUGGACUAACAAUGGAUGGUCUUUUUGAUGAUAGCGAAGAAGAAAAUGACAAACUAUGUUGCUCGUGGGAUGGAACACAGGCCUACUCACUGUUUGACCUGUCACCAUCUUGCUCAUCCUUUAAUUCUCCAUGCAGAGAUUCAGUGUCUCCACCUAAAUCCCUUCUUUCUCAAAGAUUCCAAAGGAUACGCUCUCGAUCACGGUCCUUCCCUCAGCACAGGUCUUGUUCCCAUUCUCCAUAUUCCCGAUCAAGAUCAAGGUCACCAGGCAGUAGAUUCUCCUCAAGAUCUUGUUACUAUUAUGAGUCCAGUCAUUGUAGACCGCAGGCAUAUAGAAGUUCUCCCUUGUAUUCAAGAUCACGAUCCAGAUCACCAUAUAGCCAUAGACCCAGAUAUGACAGCUAUGAGGAAUAUCAACAUGAAAGGCUGAAGAGGGAAGAAUACCGCAAAGAAUAUGAAAAACGGGAAUCUGAAAGGGCCAAACAAAGAGAAAGACAGAGGCAGAAAGCAAUUGAAGAACAGCGUGUAAUUUAUGUUGGCAAAAUUGGGCCUGACACAACCCGAGCAGAACUAAGGGACCGGUUUGAAGUUUUUGGUGAAAUUGAGGAGUGCUCUGUGAAUCUACAGGACAAUGGAGAUAACUAUGGUUUCAUCACCUACCGCUACACUUGUGAUGCUUUUGCUGCUCUGGAAAAUGGAUACACUCUGCGCAGAUCCAAUGAGCCUGACUUUGAGCUGUAUUUUUGUGGACAAAGGCAAUUUUACAAGUCUAACUAUGCAGACCUAGAUUCAAACUCAGACGAUUUUGAUCCUGCUUCUACUAAGAGCAAGUAUGACUCCAUGGAUUUCGACAGUUUACUUAAAGAGGCACAGCGAAGCUUGCGGAGGUAAUAUGCAUCAUGGCCAAGGAAAACAGAGGGAUGGUGAAUACCUCAUGGACGUCAUGUCCUUCAAUAAUAGACAGUGAAGAAGUCAUGCUUACAAAUUUCUCCUACUCUACACUCUCCGUAUAAAAACAUGGUUUACAUGGACACAGCUGCUUGAGAAAUGAAGAGGCAAAAUGGAACUGGUGUAAGCAUGUGUGUGCCUCUGGGUUUGAGCUCUACUUUCCCAGGGUGAUGAGGGUGUGGGAUUUGAUCUUUGUAGAGAGUAUCAAGUGGGAGCCGCAUGAAAUGGCAGCAGUUCCAUAGAGAUACAUUAAAACAAUGAGAACUUAAACAUAAAAGUGUACAUAUGACAUUUUCAAAAUAAGGCAAAUUCAGACUUUAGCUGCUGACAUCUGAGACAUCCUGUGGAAUUUUUUUGGAGGGGGGAUGCGUUACUUUCUUUGCUUUUUUAAAACAAACUUCUUCACAUACAAUGUUGUUUUAAUAUGAUGACAAUCCUGAAGAGAACUACAAACCCUGCAACACCCACCAUCUCUUUUUCCAUGAAGGCAAGAAAAACUUGGAAGGAUUUGAAACUUCCAUAACAUUUAAAAGUUUUGUCUUUCUAAUUGUGACAUCCAUGUCCGUGUCCGAAAAGUUUAUCCAACAUAGAGAAAUUAUAAGACCCUCAUUACAGUCAGUGUGUUCAGUGUUUUUUCUUCCCUUUGAUGAGCCAACGUGGUAUUACACUACACAAGAAGUGGAGGGUAACUGUGCUGGGUGGGGAGGGGUUGAUGUACAGUUAGAUUAUUUACUACAUUCAAGAAUGUAGACAAGUAUUUACAGAUGUUAAAUGGAGUAUUUUUAUUUUGUGUACAUACUGUAUGACAAGACAAUGCUCUUUUUUGUUACAGCUAUGCACUGUAAAUGCAGCGUUCUUUAAAAAACUGCUGAAAUUUUUCUUAGUCAAAAAUAUUCAAAUGUAAUUAUAUGAGGCAGAACAUAUUGUACACUAACCUAUUUAGAAAGCUGAACUUAUGCUUAUAUAUAUUUGAUUGUAAAGAAAAGAGAAGUGUGUGCCUGUGUGUGCGUGAGUGUGUGAGCAUGUGUGUGGAGCGCAAACAAAUUGAUGCUUUACGCACAUCAUCCACCCCUUUUUUUAAUUAGCUAGUAACAUUACCCAGAAUUCAGCCAAAGUUAAGAAUGUAUAGGUCCCCUUUUUAAAAGUCAGAUCAGCUAGAUCCUUGCUUGUGUUCUUUAGAUCUCCUUAAAAUGUAUACAUUAGUGCUUUUUGAUCAGUUAGGUCUCACAGUAAACCAAUUAACAAGAAUGCCAGUAUUUCAAGAAUACUGGUCUGUUUCUUCCACCAACAUGGUCAAAGCAGACUAACUUUGAACCAAUAUUAUAUAUAUAUAUCCCCCAGUUCAUGGGGAAUGUAUUAUUACUACAGUAAUCAAGAUUGUGCUGUGUAGACCUUUCCCAUAAAUUCUUGUAUUGUAUAUGAUAGUGAAGUCCUGUAAAUUUCAGUUGGAUGUCCUAAAUAGCACAUAAAAUCUGAAAUUUCUAGUCACUUGGCGAAAGAUUGAUGGAGUAUUGGGAGUUUCUGUCAAGCACACAAGGCCUAUUUAUAAGCAAAGUUUACUUAAACUUGGAUACAGUUUGCUAAUGAGAGAUUAUCCUUACAGACAGAUUAUUGUAGGAUUAUCAUGACUUCUAGGAACACUAGUGACCUGGCUAGAGAAGGUGAAAUUACUGGUAAACAGAGAGAGUUUGUGGAAAACCACUUCUAGCAAUUUACAGGACCAAUCACAAGAUGGUUAGAAAAGAUUGUUUUGCUGAUGAAAUACAUGUUCACAUGAUGCCCUGAUCUUUGUGACCAGAAACUAUAGCAUAGGAGCCAUUAGAGACAUCAGCAGCCCUGCCUUUCAGAGAAAUACAUAAAUGAGGGGACAAGGGCUAAACUCCAUAAUCUGCAAAAGACGUACAGCUAGUAAUUUCAUUUGCCAGUAAAAAAAAAAAAGGGUAAAAUGGCAGAUGGGGGUAAAGCAUGUCCCCGAGAAGUGAGCAACAGUUAAGAACUCACAUUCCCAGGUCUUUGUCUGCACUAGGAAUUAUUCAUUUCAGAGGACAAGCUAAAGCAUGUACCUAAAUCUCUCAUUUGAAAUUUGGUGGAGUUUAAGACCACAAAGCUGUGCAAACCAAUUCUGAUGUAACUCCUAUUUAACUCAAUGAGGCUUACUUUUGAAGUAAAUAUAUGCAGAAACUGCAUUGUGAAAACGCUUAACUUUGGCUGGAUCCCUUUGUCAGAACUUUAGUGACCUAGGCAUUAAUUUUCUUUUCAAUAUUUUUUCCAUGCUUUUCUUUUUUGCAUCUCUUUCUUUAGUGGUUUUAUAUGCACAAUGUUUGUUAAAGGGGAGGGGGAGAGCAUUUUCUCAUUUAAAAGUUUUUCUAGCAAUAUCAUAAUUUUAUGUACAGCUUCUUAAGUGGGUAAUCAUUAAGAAGUGUUUUUAUUUUAUGUACUUGAUAGUUUUCAAUCUAGAAGUCACAAACCUUUUUAAAAAUGAUACUUUGUUUUAAUUAUUGUGACUUUAAUUUGAUAAAGAAAAAUUGCUGUGGUACAGAGCACAGUUAUAGUUUUUACAAUAAUUCUGUGUGUCUGAACGCUGUUCUUGAAGCCAGUAAUCUUUUCAUUGGCAGAGUUCAAUGAUUAUCUAUGAUUUUUUUAAAAAUGUACACAUCCUGUAUGAACACUAAUUCUUCAUUCCUUUGUUUACUUAAAGAUACAUAUUUAUCGGUUGUGAUUAACCUAUUUAUUAUAAAUUAUGAGGUGACUAAAAUAAUAAAAAGGCCAGUGGAAAUUUUAUACUUAGGAUGCACACCGGUUGUCAGGUUGCUACAUGUAUUUUCAUUUAGGGGGGAAUAGCCUUUCCCCCGCUAGAAGAAGUAGCUCUUUCCUCCCUCUUCUUAUUAUUUAACUAUGCACUAUUAUGGCCUUAGAGGUGCCCAUGACAUCAUGGGAGCCUUCAGAUUGUAUCAGAUAUCAUAGGAUCCCUUUGAAAGUGUAAGGACUGGCACAGGGUAAGCCAUUCAUAUGGAUUAACCCAUGUCAGCCAUAUGACCGAUGUCUUGUCCAUUACCACAAUUCCUGUCCCUUACUCUGUUGGAGCUCUGUUCAGGCACCCAUUGCAAGAUUGUUGUUUCUGCUAAGCUUCCCCAUAAGGGCAUUUGCUCCUUGUUUACAGAGUCAUGAGCAAUUUCCCAGAGCGCUUAUAGCUUUAAGAAUGUAUACAAAUCCUCCCAGCUUGCCAAAACCAAAUUACUUCUUGAGUGUCAAAGCACGCAUGAGAAAAUCUACAUCAAGGAUCCCACAGAGGUUCAGUGGACCCCCCCCCCCCACCUCUCCCUGCCCACAAAAUGGCAUAAGAGGCUUUUACGUUGAAGGUACAUCUGCCUAGAGCCCCCAUCAGGACCCUUCACUUAUCUCAUGGGUGAGGGUCUUCACCUAGUGAAGAUACAGUAUUCAGUGGAGAUAUGGUCUUCCCAUUCAUCUGAACAGCUCAUUGUGCUUUUUCUCCACUUGCAUAUAGGUAGGCAAAGUGAGGAACAGGGUUUACUGGAGCUUUACUGGAGGUCCUCUGCCUAUGGGUGCUGCAUCCAGAGUGGACUCCAUUAUGUCCAAUUGAAAAUGUGAUGUCAGUAUUGAUCAUGGGAAAAACAUCACCAAAGCAGUGUACAGGUUGUUAGUUGCAGAUGGUACAUAAUUGUGGGUGUUUUGUACAAAAUGUUUAGUACUCUUGUGUAUGAAAAUGAGGAGGAACCCAAACUCGUUCCUGCUCACAUGCGCACUGAAGUGAAAUGCGACUUCCUGGAGCAGCACAUUUCUUUUUGAACUUGGCAAUACAUACUGUACCUGAGUACAAAAAUAAAUUCAUAUAUUUUGUACUAAACUGGCCCCUCAUUAAAAAUCCUUGGAUGUGGAAACAAAGUUGUUGUUUUCCAGUUAUGCCCACUUUCAAGUGCACAGACAGCAUGUUAAAGCCAUUUCAUUGAAUAUGAACUGGAACCAUGUGGGUGGGACCUAUGAAUGGGUGUUUCCCUUUCAGUUGUCACCCAAGUAGGAAAAUAAUGUAAGAGAAACACAGGAAUAUUUGAUCAACAUCCAUUUAAUUUUUCCUUCUGGGGCUUAGACACAUAGAACGAGAGAGGGAACAGUUUGUAUUUGUUUUAUGUCCCUAGCAUCAGACUAGAGAAAGGGUGAGCACUCAGACAAGAACGUGCAGUGUGACUGUUAAGCUCAAAAGUAUAGCUCCAUUCUGAGUCAGAUCAAGAGUUUGAAAAGUUAACUUGUACAAAGUAAUUGUGAAAAAGUAAUAGUUCUAAGCCCAUCAAAAGGAGUGACUUCCACUUAUUGUUCCAGUUCUUAAAAAGUAACUCUGCUGCUUUUCAAAAGUAACUUGCACAAAUGUUUUUUUACUUUUAAAACAUGGUCCAAAUGCUAUAUGCUGCCGCUCUUGCCUCAUCCACCUUGUAACCUCUCAACUUAGCCUCCCAAGAGGCUAAGAAAUAGUUGCAGAAGGCACAGGAGAAGUCAGCACCUCAACCAUGUGACAUUCCUCUUACAACAUUUAGAAAGCCAUACUCCUAUACCUGUAACAGUUCAAUAUCACAAAGGGAGUGGAAUUUUCCCUUGUUGAGGGUGCCUUCAUAAUAUAACCAUGGCAGCUCCGUUGUUUUCCUUCCUUUUUCGCCCUUCCCCAAUAUAAAAGCCAGAUUGCCUGGGAGAAAGCUAAUAGGCAGCAGAGGACAGAACAAAUAAUGCUAUGUGCAUCACUUCCCAAUAAUGAUCCUGAGGUAGAACUAUGAAUUGGAAUUUGAAUUUUCAGUUUAUGAGAGACUUUGCAAGGCUUUACAUUCCCUAAAGUAAGGUGCUUUUUCUCAGGAGGAAGACUACUUGCAGCAGGGAAUGGAGGAAAUGGAAAGGCUUGUGCAAAUGGGAGACUAUAUCAUCUAGGCUGAAUCACCAGAUAUACUCAUGCAUAGUAGACCUCAUUUAUAAUUGAGAGCAGGUUUUGGGGCCAAAGUUAUGAAUAACUUGAGGGUCAUUUAGCAGCAAGGGAAAAGCAAUGGGGAGCCACCCACCCCUGCCACUUCUCCGCCCAGGAAUUUAAAAAGGAAAGAAGCAGUACCAAUAUGGAAAAAGUAGAAGGGAAUAAUGCUUCUUUUAGGUUGUCCUAGGAUGGACUAAGCUCUUGCUUUUUGCCACUCUACUCAGAGAAGGAGAUCGUUCCUUUUUUAAAUAAGAGUUAAGAUACAGUACUCACAUUAAACACAAAUAAGUCAACCCUUUUUUGGGAUUGAUUUAUUUUACUAUAAUUUCUAGACUCCCAUGGGCAUAUAGCGGGGUGAAGAGUGUUGGAUAGAAUCCCAGUCAAUGAGGAGUUAAUCUCUCUAGAAAACAAUUUUCCAAAAUUCAGAGAUACUCUCACUCUGCACAUGGGCAUACUGUCAGUUAUGUACUGGGCCCAGCAGUCCAAAGCAGGGCCACAAAAUGGGGAGGAAAUUAUGAAGGGUUCACCUAUGUGGUUCCUUUAGCUCCCACACAGUUGUUUUCAAUGGGGUAAUAUAAGUGGAGUGCACUUAUUGGUGUUUGGCAUUCAUUACUUUGUUUAACGAUACAUCAUACCUACCUAUUUAAUUCUCUCCUCCCAAUGUGUAGGAAAACCAAUUCUGUCCCAUGAUCUGUGCGGCUGAGUCUGACAGCUGCUCUCAUUUUAUCACCAGCAUAUUGUGUUCCAGUAGACUCCACUGUGUCCUUUCCUGCGCUCGCUCUUUUUUGUCUUUGUAUUUCUGAGUAGGUAGAUAGCAAUAAAAAGAGAACUUUUUCCAAAGUUCUGUUUUGCAUACUGUAGCACCCUUUCAAUCUGAGUAAUUCUUGCCAUUCAUUGCUUUGUAGAUUGAAGAUACAGGUAUUUUAACUUUUGAUCGUGUGAAUGCCAAACUAAACGUUUACAGCUUUUUCUUUCUGGAUUUUGAGUGUCUUCUACUGUAAAGAAAAGAAAUUAAAGCAAUAAAUUAUUUUUUAAGAAAUCAA